CUAGACUCUUACCAUGGUCAUUAUCUAACCUGAACAUCUCAUAAAUAUAUAUUGAAGGGCUUUCAUCUCGAUAAGAAGCAGUACAGUUAUGUCCGCCGUAGAACUAAGUUCCUUUCUAGAAGAAACAUUAGUGAAAUGUGGGGGCUUUGGAGUUUUCCAGCUUUUAGUGGUGGGCAGUCUUUCUCUUGGAGAAAUAUCUACUGCCUGGAGUAUUCUUAUGAUGACCUUUGGAGGAGCAAUACCAAACUGGUCAUGUGAAUGGGGGAACCAGACUUCAAACAUUGUGCAUAUAAACGGUACACAAGAGCAAACCUGUAGCCCACCUAGUAAUCAUAGCGAUUUGAGCUGUCUACGUAAAGUUUUCGAUCCAUCUCUUAAUACUAUUGUAAGCGAGUUCUAUCUUGUUUGUGAUCUGGAUUAUAUUACUCAAACUAUAACAACGAUUCAAAUGGGAGGUUUACUUGUGGGUAGUUUGGCAGCAGGACAGUUUGGUGAUAGAUUUGGCAGAAAACCGACAUUCUUUUUGUCAUUGCUUGUUUUAAUAGUUUCAAAUCUCAUCGCAGCUUUUUCAGUUAAUUGGCAAAUGUUUGCCGUUAUGCGAUUUUUUAUUGGAAUUGGAUGUGGUAUAUAUUUAACGGUGCAUCUAACAUACAAGAUAGAAUUUGUUACCGGGAAAUAUAGACCUAUGCUUUUGGCUAUUCCAAUAUGGUCAAUAUUUGCUGCCAGUUACGGAGGAGUUUCGUAUCUUAUCCAUGAUUGGUUUUAUUUACACAUAGCUACAGCUGCUGUGACAUUUCCUCUGCUAUUCACAUGGUGGUUGAUACCGGAGAGCUUCCGAUGGUUAGUCGCUAACGAUCAAGUCGAGAAAGCAGAAGAGGUUAUCAGAAAGAUCGCCAAAUUUAACGGAAAUCCAUUUCCAGACACAUCCAGACUAAAGAUGCUUGUGAAAUCUUUGCCUCAAGACAAUACCAAUUACACUUAUUUUGAUGUAUUGAAGAAUCCAGAUUUACUAAAGAGGAGUAUGUUACUGGCUGUGGGAUGGAUUUCAUGCGGUUAUACAUAUUAUGCCAUAUCGUUCGGUGUCCAGCAGCUGUCCGGAAGUUUGUAUCUGAAUAUGUUUUUACUAAGUAUCGUAGAAGUACCGUCCUUAUUGUUAGCUUGGUUUUUUAAUCACUGUAUUGGACGUAAGUGGACAACUUUCAUGUUCUUUCUAUUUGUUGCUGCUACUGGUACCAGCGUAGGAGUCGUACAAAUUAUUGCUACACAAUAUAAGUUUGGUUUAAUAAAUGGUUUUGCUUUGGCGUCCAAGCUAGGCGUUGGAGCAGGCUGGGCAUGUCUCAUGCUCCUCACUACAGAAUCAUAUCCAACAGUUGUCAGAAACAUAGGUUAUGGUAUACAGAAUACAGUUGCACGUAUUGGUGCAAUGGUUGCACCCCAGAUAGUCUAUGUGAGUCAAAGUACAACUGGAGUAAUGUAUUUCCUGUGUGGUGGUUUGAUGCUGUUGUCUGCAGUUUGUGUUGCCUGUGUUCCCGAUACCAAAGAGAGAGUUUUGAGUGAUACUAUGGAAACGAGUAAACAAAAACAUGCUGUUAAUGGAAAGGACAACGAAGCAUUUGAGAAAUCAUCUUAUCUGUGAAAUGAG